UCCACGUUUAUGCACGUGACGCUAUGUUUUGGUUUAUCUACGGCGGGUCCUCGAAACUUUCCGUGUUAUGUGAACGACAGCAGAAUGAAUUCCACCUGCUUCCUCCUCUUCUUCGGCUUCUGUCUCUGCUUCAGCGGCGCGGCUUCACCGCCCAACUUCGUCCUGUUGUUCGCAGAUGAUUUAGGUUUCGGGGAUUUGGGUUGUUAUGGACACCCAACUUCGCUGACGCCGAACCUAGACCGACUGGCUGCGGGAGGACUCCGCUUUACAGACUUCUACUGCACCAGUCCUGCCUGCAGCCCGUCUAGGGCGUCCUUGUUGACGGGACGUUAUCAGACUCGCUCGGGCAUCUAUCCAGGAGUGUUGUACCCAGGCUCUGUGGGUGGUCUUCCCCUGAAUGAGACCACCAUCGCUGAAGUCUUGAAACCUCUGGGCUAUGCUACUGCUGCCAUAGGGAAGUGGCACCUGGGAUUAGGAAAAAAUGGGACAUUUCUCCCAACGAGGCAGGGGUUUGACCAUUUCCUGGGCAUCCCCUACUCCCAUGAUCAGGGUCCCUGCUCGAACCUGACUUGUUUCCCUCCAGAUGUGAAGUGUUUCGGAGUGUGUGAUGUUGGUUGUGUAACUGUCCCGCUUAUGUACAAUGAGGUCAUCAAGCAGCAACCAGUCAACUUCCUGGACCUGGAAGAGGCUUACAGUGACUUUGCAACCAAUUUCAUCUUCACAUCAGUCAAGAAGAAACAACCUUUCUUCCUCUACUAUCCCUCCCAUCACACUCACUACCCACAGUAUGCAGGUGAAGGGGCAGCUGGAAAGAGUCAAAGGGGCCCAUUCGGAGAUGCUCUGUUGGAGUUAGACAACACUAUAGGAAACCUAUUGACAACUCUUGAGAAGACAGGAGUGAUCAACAACACAUUGAUUUUCUUUUCUGCAGACAAUGGACCUGAGCUGAUGCGUAUGUCGCGUGGUGGUAACGCUGGCCCUUUGAAAUGUGGUAAAUCCACCACGUAUGAUGGAGGCAUGAGAGAGCCAGCCAUCGCCUACUGGCCCGGCACCAUCAGGCCAGGUGUGACACAUGAGUUGGCCAGUACUCUCGAUAUCCUCCCCACCUUUGUUAGACUGGCAGGAGCCGAACUGCCCAAGGUGAUGCUGGAUGGCGUCGAUAUGACUGAACUCCUUAUCAAACAGGCGAAGAGUAAAAGGGAGACAAUGAUGUUUUACCCCACAGAUGCCACAGAGAAGCACGGUCUCUUUGCCCUCAGGUUGGGGAAGUACAAGGCUCACUUCUAUACACAAGGUAGCAUCAAGAGCAGUACAACGCCAGACCAUGACUGCCCAGGGUCAGCAAUUCUCAAGGCGCACGACCCUCCUCUGCUUUUCGACCUGGAGGCUGACCCCUCUGAGAACUACCCACUCCCUCUGUCGAAAAGACCCGAACUUCAAGCCGUGCUGGAGCAGAUCGAGAAAGUCAAGCAGCAGUUUGAGGCCUCCAUGGUGUUUGGCGUGAGCCAGAUGUUAAAAGGACAAGACUCCAGUCUGGAGCCGUGCUGCAAUCCUCAGUGUACGCCCAAGCCCAGCUGCUGCCAGUGUUGAUGGCUAUUCUUGUUUCAUCGACUCUUAAACCCCUAAACUUUCAUGGCGAUUCAUACUGAACAGUAUAAUUGGGACCAAUCUUUUUACUCCAUGAGGAGCUGAUUUUUAUUUGAUACGCUCUCUGGCCAAAUAUUUUUUUACACACUUGAAUUUGUGUUGCACUGCCUUUUAUCUUUUGAUGAUGUAGUCUCAACACAACAUUAGUCUGCAGUUCAAGAUACAGUAGGUCUAGUGUUGUAGGCUACAGUGAGUCGUCUUUUACCUGGACGCUCAAGGGUUCAAUUCCUGGCUCCUCUAGUCAUGCUAAUGUGUCCCUGGGCAAGGCACUUAACCCCAUGAUGCUGAAGAGAUUGUCUGUGAGACUAAAUCUGCCCAGACACUGAAGCAAUACAUGAAAGGGGAAAUUGUGAUCCAAUGGCGCCCGCUAGUGAAAAAACAUUAUAUGCAUUUUGGAAGCUUUUUAACAGACUAGUGCUCCUCAAACACAACAGAAUUUAGCUUCACAGCUCCACUCAGUUUCUGCUUAUUCAUAUUGAGAUUGGCUCCCGUGGCCCCUCAUGAGGAGGAUGAAGGGUAGACAGUAAAUUAAUUAAUUUAGUUUUUUGUAUUUGCUUUUCUCUGUUUGGUUGAUUGGGUUAUGUAUUAAAAGAUAUAUUUUGCAGUGUGAGAAGCCUUUCUCUCGCAAGUCUCACAUAGACAACUGUGUGCACAUGAAAAGGUUGUCUUUUUAGAUUCUCACUCAUCCACGCCAUAGUUACCCACAACACACUGUCAGUAGCAACUGGACUUUUUAUCUCUUCAGGUGUAUCUUCAGGUGUGUCAUGUGUGCGCAGAAAAGCAAAAGUGCUGGUGAAAUUGCAUUAAUAUUUGUUCACUGUCUGCCUCUGUUUCCUUCACCCACAAACAAAGCUGCUGAAUUUAGGUCAGUACUAUAGAGAGAUGUAAAAGGGAAUAGUAAAUCAAAACUAUCUAUCAGCCAAAUGUUUCCCUCAGGCUAAUCAGCAGUUCUGGACAGUCUGUGAGAUAAAUGCUUACACAAAUACACACAUAUACUAUAUGCGUGCACACACACGUUCAAACACAGGUUUUUGCAGUUAGUCUUAGGAAACACCCCUAACCUUGAUCAUAACCAGUAACUGCCUGACUGAUGAUUGUACUCCAAACAAGUUUCUCAGAAAUCAGGUUUUGCCUCAUCAGACCUACUUGUCCUGAAAGAGUUUAUACCUGUAAUCUGUAAAGAGGGAAGUGUUGUGUUUCGGUUUGAUAUAUUCACAUCCUCAUUUUAUCCCUCUUAUAGACACACCAUGCCAGCUUAUUUAAAUGCAUACAGUGCCCUCCUUUUUCCUUUUCCGUGUCCAGUCGGGUGAAGCACGACUCUGAGAAUAAAUAAAUAGGCUCAGUGCUUUCAUUGUGGAUUACAAAAUCAGCUGUGACUUGUGCUGCACUGCACCACAGAUUUAUUCCCUCUGCUGUUUGUGCAAAUGACCAUUUUUCAGGUCUCAAGUCAAGGUCACCACUGAGGACAGCUCCUCAGCUGCAGGCUUUAACACUGUCAACUGCAGUCAAAGGAUAAAUAUAACAUCAGACAUGCAGGGGAACCUGGACAGUCAACAUAAAGGGGAAGGUCACACUAUUAAAUCAAAAACUAAACUAAAAAGGAAAUGCAGCAAAGACCCAAUUAGAGCACUUAUAAUAAUAAAAUAAAACUUAUUUAUAAUAUAUAACUUAAAACCUACUUUCAUAUUAUGUUUAAUUUUUUUAUUCACUACUUUUGCCUUCCUCUGACGUAUGUUUGACUUUAUGUUGUAUGUUUACUUUAACCUCGGGAACCAGUUUUUAAGUGCUUAUUUGCUUGAAAAAUGUCAUUACUGUAGUAUAAUUUGAUGAAAAUAAUCAUAGUAAUUCCUGUGAGCAGAAUAUUUCAGUAGUCUUUCCACCUGUGCAGGUAACAGACGUGUGUAGUCCAAUAGUAAUAAAAUAAUAAAACAUU